UCUGAUUGGUGGUAGUACCAACUUCCCAAGAUUUUACGAGCGAUUGUAAGACCCUUUAUGUCAUGACAUAUCAUGUAAUAACUGCCCGCAGAUCAUCCGAACUGUUGUCGCACACCCCGGUCGAAUAUGAUCUGCAGAUAUAUCGGUCAGGAGAGUCCGUCCGACACUCACUGAUUAUUUAUAUACCCAACAUGACAAAUAUCAGCGCUGCGACCGAAGCCUAUCGUUCCGCAGUUACUUUUGCGAAUGAUCCUGCGUUUUCCAUGCACGUUGUUACAAGGGAAGAGUAUCUUGAAGUCGGUAGCAAUGCCUCACGAAAGAAAUUCCCUGGAUGGCAGUCAUCGUCUGCACCUGGGGACGCGGAGAUUAGUAAGGCUACUCAGGAGUCAGUGAUGGAAGAUCAGGGUCAGCCUAACCGCAAGCCUAGCCGUUCACGGAUGCGGACGACUACUGCACCUGGCCGUCGCAAAUAGUGGCAUACACACUUGCGGUAAACUACAAUCAGAUGCUAUAAAUUCACACUGAAACACUGAAACACUGAAACCUUAGCACCUCCGUCGGCGCGCGCCGGUGUCAACUUUCCAUAUCUCCUGAUUUACAUAUCAACCACAGUAUCUACAUACAUGUAACAUGACUUCCAACCGCCGAUUCAAGCUAUGUCUUUCACUCCCCGUCAAGAGCACUGGAUUCAUGAUCCCUUGGCGCGCCUCCCGCGACGAUACUAAAAUCAUUUAUCACUUAAGAGUCAACGUCCUCAAUGAAACACGGAGGUUCCUUUAU